AAGGCGGCGGGCGAGGCAGAGUUGCCCGUGAGUUGCGCGCCUCGCAGCCCUGACUCGCGGAGAUAAAUGGCAGCGCGGGGGGCGCGCACUUAAUCAGCGCUCCUGCUGCCUUCCGGCGGGUACACCCCGCGGAUCAUUAGGUUAAAUGGAGGACAUUCGUGUCCUUCCCGAAUCGAUGCAAUUAUUGUCGGCGACGAGGACAACGAUUGGAGUGGCAGUGCUAAUUUUACCAACCCGCUAUUAAUUAUGGUGUCCCCCACGCCCCAGCCGGCGUUUAUAACGCGAGGAGGCGAGAGGCUCCGGCUGCCGCUGUUUUAAAAGGAAAAGUUAGGAGCCGAGCGCCUGGAAAGUGUUAAUCGGCAGCGGAGCAGCGGAGCCGCGCUGGGACGUCACUAGGAAAGGGGUGAGGGACGUGGCGGCGGCGCCGGGGGAGCGGAGGCACUGUGCGCUGCCGUCAGGUGCCGCACGCUGAGAAAUGCUCGCGGCGGCUCCGCGCAGCGAUCCGCGCAGAGAGCGGGAGGAGAGGAACGCUGCCAUGGCACUGCAAGGUGCUAGCCGGAGCCGGGCGUGAUCGCAGUUUAAUAGACUCAUCUACAUAUCAAACCUGUAGUGCCGUGCGGGCCGCCGAGCAGUUAACAUCUGCGGUAGUAUCAAAAAAGGGGAGGAAAAAAAGAACAUAAAGCUACCAACAACAGGACGUCUCCCAAACUUCCAGCCUGGAGGACUGCGAGCACUUCUGCAGGCGGUUCCCCGGCUCUCGGCUAAUUAUAGUGCUUCACCCUGAGCCACUCUUAAGAUAAGUGCAACUGUUCUCGUCCCCAGUACCGCGGGGUCCGACUGAGGGGUUGGAGCGAAGAGCCCAGGCGCCAUCCGCCCGGGGGGCACCGAGCGGUGCUGAGCGCUGCGGGCAGAGCGCUGAGUUCGGCCAGAGCGACGCGCGCCGCGUGGACCUGGGCUGCUUGUAAAUAGUAACUGGAAGUGCCAUUAGGUCCUGGGGCCGAGGGAGGAAUAAAGGAGCGAUUCUGUCACAGAACCCCAAUGGCUAAGUUAUUGCUGUUCCCAGGGAGAAAGAGAAAUUGGCAGCUCAGAUCACCGGGAGCCUCUGGACCAUGUCCUACCCGCAGUUCGGCUACCCCUACUCCUCCGCGCCCCAGUUCCUGAUGAGCACCAACUCCCUGACGCCUUGUUGCGAGUCCGGCGGCCGCACGCUGCCCGAGUCGGGCCCGGCCGCCCCAGCACAGACGCCGGUCUAUUGUCCCGUGUACGAGAGUCGCCUGCUCGCCACUGCCCGCCACGAGCUCAACUCCGCCGCCGCUCUGGGGGUCUACGGCAGCCCCUACGGAGGACCCCAGGGCUACGGGAACUACGUGACCUACGGCACCGAGGCGCCCGCCUUCUAUUCGCUGAACACUUUGGAGACGAAGGACGGCGGCGGCUCUGCGCAUGCGGGCAUCUCCCCGGCGGCUGCUUACUACCCCUACGAGCACAGCCUCAGCCAGUACCAGUACGACAGGUACGGGGCGAUGGACGGCGGCACGAGGCGGAAGAACGCCACCAGGGAGACCACCAGCACGCUGAAGGCCUGGCUGCAGGAGCACCGCAAGAACCCCUACCCCACCAAGGGCGAGAAGAUCAUGCUGGCUAUCAUCACCAAGAUGACCCUCACCCAGGUCUCCACCUGGUUCGCCAACGCCCGCCGCCGCCUCAAGAAGGAGAACAAGAUGACGUGGCCGCCUCGGAACAAGUGCUCGGACGAGAAGCGGCCCUAUGAAGAAGAGGAGGAGGAGGAGGAGGAAUGCUCGCAGGAAGACGCCAUGAAAAGCGAGAAGGCCGAGGAGCCCACGGGCAAGGAGGAGAAGGAGCUGGAGCUCAGCGACCUGGAGGAUUUGGACGCCGCCGAGUCGGAGAACUCCGAGUGCGAGAUGAGGCGGCCCUUCCCGCACCCGCACCCGCAUCCUCACCCGCAGCCGCUGCCGGGCGGCGGCCCCCCGCCCCGCGCCGCCGAGCCCCCCGCCGCCGCCGCCGAUGAGGAGGAGGAGGAGUCGGCGGAGCGGGCCCGCGGCUGCCUGAAGCCGGCGGCGGAGGAGUGCGAGGCGGCCCUGCUCGGAGCUCGGCCGCGCGGCUGCGAGGCCAAGCUGUGCUUCCCGCAGGGCCAGCCGCUGCUGGAGGCCAAGCCCCGCAUCUGGUCCCUGGCGCACACCGCCACCUCCCUCAACCAGGCCGAAUACCCCUCCUGCAUGCUGAAGCGGUCGGGGGGAUCGGCCGCCGCCGCCGCCGUCUCCGCCCCGGUCAACGUCAUGGACCGGCACCAGGAUUCGCCGGUCACCAACCUCAGGAACUGGGUGGACGGGGUGUUUCACGACCCGCUCUUCAGGCACAGUACUUUGAACCAAGCCUUGAGCAACACCACGGUGUCCUGGGCCACCACCAAAGGAGCCAUUCUGGAAACGGGCGCCUUGGGACGCUCGGUGGGCAAUGGUGCCAACGUGCUCAAGGGGCAGCUGGCCAAUCUGGCCCACCAGGACUCGAGCAAGGAGUUUCUCGCCUUUCCCAAAGCAGGGAGUAAAAUGUUUUGCUCCUAACGGCCCCCCGAGGGGCAAAGAACUUCCCCGCGCUGGAAGAGUCAUGUACACUGAAAAGAAACUCGCGAGAGUUGAAAUAUAAAACUUUUUCCUUUAUCAUUAUUUUUUUUUAACAACCAAAACGAGGAUUUAACGUUCAGUUCUCUCAGCUCAACAGACAGACACUGCUGUUCUGAAGAAUUAAGUUCUCCUGGCUGCGACUUUAAAGGGAUCAGUGUCGUGAGAGUUAUUUAAUUCCAUAUCCCAAAGCACGUACUAUAGCGUAGACCUACUUAACAAAGUUUACAUCCGAAAGUUUACAGACGAGAAAUUUUAAUUCAGAUUUAAUUUAAGGCAUGCCGACAUUAGUUAUAAAGACUUUUCGAGAGUUUUUCCUCCUGAUUUCCUUGUUAGCAUAUAAUUCACAAACAGCACUUCCACUAAGUUUACACUUACUGCACAAAUUUAUCUUGACAAAAAAAAAAAAAAAAAAGAAAAGAAAAAAAAAGAAAUGUUAAAGGGUAUGUUCACUCCAAUAAAUUGUCUGUUUCAGAGGUA